AUGCCAAACCCAGCAAGUGCGGAGUUCAUGGAGCUUCAUGCCCGGAAGGAGAGUCGCGUACAGCAGUUACUGUCGUCGCCCGCUGAACUGCGGAGGACAGUAACCUGCCUGCAACCGAGGAAGGCGCCGGGGCACGAUGGGAUUGCCAACGCAACACUCCGACAGCUGCCCAAUAGAGUCCUGGUUGAGCUUGGUCGACUCUACAAUGGGAUACUGCGGACAUCCCACUUCCCGGAGGACUGGAAGAAAGGCAGAGUCAUCGUCUUGCCGAAACCCGGGAAGGACAGGCGUAGAGCUGCCAGCUACAGGCCGAUCACGCUAUUACCGCACAUAGCUAAACUGUUAGAAAGAUUGCUGCUGAGACGUCUCCGUCCAUGCAUCCAACUUCGGGCGGAGCAGCAAGGAUUCAGGAAGGGUCACUCUACAGUCACUCAGUUGACUAGAGUGCUGCACCUACUUGCGGCAGAAUACAACCGCGGCCGCGUAUCGUUGGGCGUCUUUCUCGACAUUAAGAAGGCGUUCGACAGGGUGUGGCACUCAGGAUUGCUUUAUAAACUACACGAACAAACCAGGGUCCCUCUUGCUAUGUUCAGUUCCUCAGCAACACAGGCUGAUCAGAGUGCUGCACCUGCUUGCGGCUGA